CAGGGCCACAGUCCACACUAAUAAAGGGCUGUUCACCUUUACACAGGGGUUCUGUACUAACACCAGUCUUUCCCUUUCUGAGUACUCAGUCACACGCAGCCAUGGCAGACCGAAGGGAAAAUGAUGAUAAGAGAACAAAAUCAAAGUCGGCGGAAUGCUGUGGAUAUCCGGUCAGCAUUUUCUUCAUCGUUGUCAACGAGUUUUGUGAAAGAUUCUCCUACUAUGGAAUGCGAGCGGUGCUGGUGCUGUACUUCAGGUAUUUCCUGCGCUGGGAUGAUGAUCUCGCCACCUCCAUCUACCACGCUUUCGUGGCGCUGUGCUACCUGACUCCCAUCCUGGGGGCUAUUGUGGCAGACUCCUGGCUUGGCAAGUUCAAAACCAUCAUCUAUCUGUCCAUCGUGUAUGCCAUCGGGCAGAUCGUCAUGGCAGUAAGUGCUAUCAAUGACAUCACAGACGCAAACAGAGACGGCACGCCAGACAACAUGGCUGUUCAUGUGACCUUGGCCAUGAUCGGCCUGAUUCUCAUCGCUUUUGGUACUGGAGGCAUCAAACCAUGUGUAUCUGCGUUUGGAGGAGAUCAGUUUGCGGACCACCAGACGAGGCAGAGAAGUACUUUCUUCUCUGUCUUUUAUCUGUGUAUUAAUGCUGGCAGUCUCCUGUCCACUCUCAUCACCCCUAUACUCAGAGGUCAAGAGUGUGGCAUUCACACUCAGCAGAAGUGCUACCCGCUGGCUUUUGGUGUUCCUGCUGCCCUGAUGGUGGUCUCUCUGAUUGUGUUUAUUGCUGGCAGUGGGAUGUACAUUAAAGCUGCACCCCAAGGCAACAUCAUGCUGGAUGUGUGUAAUUGUAUUGGGUUUGCUAUCAAGAACCGUUUCAGACACAGGAGCAAGAGAUACCCGAAGAGAGAGCACUGGCUGGACUGGGCCAAUGAGAAAUAUAAUAAACUCCUCAUUGCUCAGAUUAAGAUGGUGCUGAAAGUACUGUUCCUCUACAUCCCUCUCCCCAUGUUCUGGACCCUGUUUGACCAAAAGGGCUCCCGCUGGACCUUCCAAGCCACCACCAUGGACGGAACCUUUGGCACCCUCAUUCUGCAGCCAGACCAGAUGCAGACUGUCAACCCCAUCCUGAUCCUGACUUUGGUGCCCAUCAUGGACAGAGUGGUCUAUCCCCUUAUCAGAAAGUGUGGCUUCAACUUCAGUCCUUUGAAGAGAAUGACAGUUGGGAUGUUUUUGGCUGCCAUGGCUUUUGUCUCUGCUGCUCUGGUCCAGAUUCAGAUUGAUAAAACCCUGCCAGUUUUCCCAUCCUCCACUGAAAGCCAGCUAAAGAUAGUAAACAUGGCCAGCAGUCAGAUGGAGGUCACCAUCUCUCCACAUGAUCCUAUUGUGUUGGGCUCUAUGCAGGCCAGUGACUACAUGACAUUGCCCAAUUCAACAAUUACAGUGUCUUUGAACACAAAUCCACCCAUCAUUAAAAUGUUCCCCCUGAGUGAGAGACAGCGCCACACUCUCAUCAUCCCGGCCGACCCUAACACUGCAUAUGUGACAUUUGAUAUCACUUCCAAACCAGAGCAAGGCAGUAAUGCCAUCAGAUUUGUGAAUGGCAUGAGUGAAGAGGUCAAUGUUUCAUAUUAUGGAUUCAAUAGACAAUCUCCAGUUUCAGACUACGUCUUCCUUUCACAAGGAGAGCACACAUUCAGCAUCAGUAAUUCUGUGAAGUCAUGUACAUUCUCUAAGAUGUUCAGGUUUGGAGCAGCCUACACUUUCCUCAUCCCCAGCACACUUAACUUGACAGAUAACUGUGGUGCCUCUGUAGUUGAAGUGGAAGACAUCAAGCCCAAUACUGUGCAUAUGGCCCUGCAGAUCCCUCAGUAUUUCCUCAUAACAGCAGGAGAAGUGGUGUUCUCUGUCACUGGCCUGGAGUUUUCAUAUUCACAGGCACCCAGCAACAUGAAGGCAGUGCUGCAGGCUGGCUGGCUGUUCACUGUCGCUGUGGGCAAUUUCAUUGUGCUUAUUGUGGCAGAGCUGGCAAAGCUGCCUGACCAGUGGGCAGAGUAUGUGUUGUUUGCCUCUUUGCUAGUGGCAGUGUGUAUAAUCUUUUCUAUAAUGGCUUACUUCUACACCUACAUCAACCCUGCUGAGAUCGAGGCCCAGUUCAUGCAAGGAGAUGAAAUAGAUCCAGAGGACAAGGAGAAGAAAGCCAUAGAGCUGAAGAGUAAAGACUUUGUGCAGCAACAAAAUGAACAAGUUGGAAAAACUAAAAUGUAAACAUUUUUUUUGUUUGUGUACCAUGUAAAUCAAUUGCAUAAGUCAUUAUAGUUUCGUAAGAGCUGUUGCUUUUAUAGAUUAAGUUGCGUAAAGACAACAGCUGAAAUGACUGUAUGAUAAAUUGUGAAACCAUACUAUCAGAUAUGGAUAGCUGGCCAGAGUCUGAAUUUUUUGUGGUUAUAACUCCUGUUCUGGCUUUUUCUUCCCACAUAUUAUUGAUUUGCUGUAUAUUGUUUAUAAGAUUUCAAUGUGUUCAAUUUUAUAAGUUAUAAAGAAGUCAACUUUCUAAUGUUAAUUUUAAGUAAAAAUGAGAGGCAUUUUAACCUACUCCAGAAUAAUAUACUUCAAAAGUACUGUUAAAAGCAAAUAUACACAAAAUGCUCUGUAUACAGUUGUACUUGCUUUAAAAAGUUUGUAUGAAAUAUAAAUUUGGCCUUUGUACUGACAAAACUACUCACAUGGUAUUCUGGAUGAUCAUUGUUUAAUGCUAUUAUUAUGAAAAUCAAGUUAAACAUGAUUGACAAAAAUAUCCACUUACAUACACCGAUUUUCUUCUUUGGUAUCAGAAAAACCAAAAUCAAACCCAAAGGAAACCUUGUAGAUCCCCCCACUAAAGAUGGUAUAACAUGGGCAUCCCGAAAGAUGAGACUUGAGCUCACAAUCCCAGCAAGCUAAUUACUACAAUCCUCACUAGAAAGUAAACUACUCACUU